AUGGAUGAGAGCAAACCCCUGAAGGUCCGGCUGACGUUCUCCGUGAUCCUGGUUGGUGUCUCGCUCCUGUUUGCAGCUGUAGUGACUGACCACUGGGCCGUGCUGAGCCCCAAAGUGGAGAAAUACAAUGCCACCUGCGAAGCGGCUCAUUUUGGGCUAUGGCGACUCUGUACAAAGCGGAUUUUUAUGCAGGAGCAAGGUCCCAAAGAGAAGGGCUGUGGGCCGAUAAGCCUGCCAGGAGAACACAACUGCUCCUACUUCAAGCACUUCACACCAGGACAGAGCUCAGAGAUAUUUGAAGUUACCACCCAGAAAGAAUACAGCAUUUCAGCUGCAGCCAUUGCCAUCUUCAGCGUUGGCUUUGCAAUCAUCGGAACAAUCUGUGUCCUCUUAUCCUUCACGAAGAAGAGGGACUAUCUGCUGAAGCCAGCAUCCAUGUUCUACACCUUCGCAGGUCUCUGCAUCAUCAUCUCUGUUGAAGUCAUGAGACAAUCUGUGAAAAGGAUGAUUGACAGUGAGGAGACGGUCUGGAUUGAGUACAGCUACUCCUGGUCCUUUGCCUGUGCCUGCGCCUCCUUUGUCCUGCUCUUCAUCUGUGGCAUCGCGCUCCUCCUGAUCGCGCUGCCUCGCUUCCCCCAGAACCCCUGGGAGACCUGCAUGGAUGCAGAACCGGAGCACUGAUGUUCCCAGCACCCAUGACA